AUGUAUCGACCAAUUAAAUUAAUUACAGACUGUAAUUUACCGUUUUCCGUCGGUACGAUUGUAAUGUUGGCCUUCUAUGAAUCACCAAUUUCCCCACUUCCAGUUCCACCUCUUCCUGAUCCACCCGUUGGCCGAUUCCCACCUGAACAUCCAAUUUGGCCACCACCAGGUCGAUCAUCUCAGCCAUCAAUUGGUCACCAUCAACAUCAGCCUCAUCAUCUUUCAGGUGCAUCAUCAUCUCCUCAUCAGAUAACUGGACCUGGUCCAAUGAUAACUUCAUCAUCUGAAAUUCAUCAAGUUGCCGUUCGUCCACCAGCGGGUUAUAUUCACCGACGGACAGGAACAGAAAACGGAAAUGGUCAACAGUUUCCCAUGAAAGGUCAAAAACAGUUAAAUCCAUUGAACUCAAUUAAAAGUAAAAUAAUUACCUCAAAGGCAAACAAAUUACCAGUAUCAACUGGUAUUGAAUUAAUUCCCGAAGCAAUUAACACUAACAACAAUUUACCCUUAGUUAAUAAUGGUGACUCUCCUUCCGGUAAUUACAGCGGUACCACAAUUAAUGAAUCAACAGGAACAAUUAACUCAACAGUCUCUUUACUUGCAAGUUUCAUCAAAGAUAAACCACAAAAGUUAUUUGACAUUUUAAUGCCAAGAACUUCCGACAAUAAUAAAAAUAAACAAAAUUAAUUGCGACAAU